GGAUCCUCUCGGCGAGGAUGCCCGGAGCGGCUGCAGGGACGGCGGCGGGAGCGGGCUCGGCGGGAGCGGCAGCAGCGGGGAUGCUCCCGGCUCAGGAGGCGGCCAAGAUCUACCACACCAACUACGUGCGGAACUCGCGGGCCAUCGGCGUGCUCUGGGCCAUCUUCACCAUCUGCUUCGCCAUCGUCAACGUGGUGUGCUUCAUCCAGCCCUACUGGAUCGGGGACGGCGUGGACACGCCGCAGGCGGGCUACUUCGGGCUCUUCCACUACUGCAUCGGCAACGGCUUCAGCCGGGAACUCACCUGCCGGGGCAGCUUCACGGACUUCUCCAGCCUGCCCUCGGGAGCCUUCAAGGCUGCCUCCUUCUUCAUCGGGCUCUCGAUGAUGCUCAUCAUCGCCUGCAUCGUCUGCUUCAUCCUCUUCUUCUUCUGCAACACAGCCACCGUCUACAAGAUCUGCGCCUGGAUGCAGCUGACCUCGGCUGCCUGUCUCGUCCUGGGAUGUAUGAUUUUUCCUGAUGGCUGGGAUUCAGAUGAGGUAAAACGGAUGUGUGGUGAAAAGACAGACAAGUACACGCUGGGGGCUUGUUCAGUCCGCUGGGCAUACAUCCUGGCUAUUAUCGGGAUCUUGGAUGCCCUGAUCCUCUCGUUUCUGGCAUUUGUGCUUGGCAACAGACAAGACAGCUUGCUAGCAGAGGAACUCAAGCUGGAAAACAAAGAUGAUGGAAAUGCUUAAAACAAAUUAAGGUAGUAUGACAUAGACUAAUUCCUACUAAGCCAAUCCUCACUAGAAUGAGCACAAAAUAAAAUGAAUAACAGCUUUUGUACAUCAACAUUAAAACGGGAAGAAGCUUGGGAAAGGGCCUCCGACGGAGAAGAAUGCUGACAAGUGCAAAACUGCCUGUUUGGUAAGCGCUACCUUCUAAACAUAGAUCAGCCAGACACGGAAGUGGUUUUUGGAAGAGAAAUGCGAUCAUGGAUUACACACCAGCUCAUUAGAAACUGUGGCUGAAUACAGCGUUCAGAAGACAUGCAUGAAAAGUCACAUUUGGGGAAUAAAUUAAAAGGGGUGUAGUUGUUGCUAGAGAAACAUAUGUAAUAUAUAUGCAUUGAAGAGGUUUGUAAAUGUCAUUUUUUUUAUUCAGAUGAAAAGCAAAAAGCUUUAAAACCUUUCACGGUAGAGAGGCAGUUAACUCCAGACUAUUCCUAUCCCAGUAGCCAAGAAGCUGAUAGGACAUCUCUCUUAAAUUAGCAUUUAUAAAUAGACUCUCUGAAUGUUUUCAUCACCUAGUGGAAAAAGCAUAACUUUUACUGCUACAUUUCUGCACUUCAUUUACUCCACUGUAUAAUAAGUUGACUAAAAAUGUAAAGCUUCUCAAUUUUUACUGCAUACGUGUUUCAAUUAAGCUAUGUCUGUAACAAACUUAAGACUGAAAAAUUAUUUCUGACCUAUAUUCUAGUUCUACGAAGCAUAUAUACUAUAAGAUACGUCUGACUGAAUAUCAUAAUACUAUAAUUUCCCAAGCGACAUAGAGUUGUUUAUAUUUAACGUGACAAAAUAAAAGCACCCGAUUUCCUUUUUUUAAUAGGAGAAAGUAAUUUACCCCUUAAAUGUAACAUACAGCUGCCUGCUGUAAGGACAUUUCUGUUGUUUUUCUGCCAUAUAACCACCUAGCGACAUUAGCCUGUGCUAACGGCAAUCAGGCUAGGUGACCUAACGAUCCCUUCUGGCCUUAAAAUCAAUCCAUAUAGUAACGGGGCUGGCAAAUAUACACCGUGAAUAGGUGCGGGGCAGCUGGGAGCGGGCGCCCGGGGUACGGCCCUGGCACCCAGCUCCCGCCGGGCAGCCGCGGUCCCCAGCGCCGCCGAACCGCAAGAGCUGGGCGACGCGCGGGGAAUCGAGAAAGACUUAAUAGACCUGGAUGGUGAACAGCCCACGCCGAGCGAAUUGCACAGGAGGGAGCCAGAUGAAAAAUUAGCUUUGAUCAUACUGUCAAUAAAUAAGUAUAAAGACUUAGAUAACUCUUUUAUCUAACUAAUGAGGUACCACUGUGGCCCUGCUAACCUUAGAAGCCGAACACUAAUGCGGGUGUUUGCCAAGUAAAGUUUAUAUGUGAAUCUGGGUGGGAUUUUUAGAAAGCAUUUUGUUUUAAUCCAAAUCUGCACUCGCAGCCGUGUGCAGGAGACGCUCCUGACUUCCACAGGAGCAGUGUUAGAGCCGAUGGAAAAUCCCACCCAAAUCAAUCAACCACCAUAAGUAAAUUCCCAGUACCUGCUACUGAACUAAAGGCGAAAAAUCCAGUACAUGACACUGCAUAAACUCACUAAGGUUCCACUUCCAGCAGGUAUUUAAAUUUGUGAUUAGUCCAACCAGUGUCAGCUGGAAAACGCCCAUCCUUAAAGGCUGGGUGCACUGAGGAGAUCCUAGUUACAUGGUGUCUCAGCAACGCUCAUCCUCAUCCACUGCUCGUGCUGGGCCACAGACACCCUCCCAUCCCAAAAGCCUGUGCGAGGGUUUGCUGUCUGGCUGUGCUAUCGUAUCACCAUCUUCUUUUGCUCUUUCGGUUCACCCAUAUCCCAAAUUACUGCAGUCAUGACACCUUUGCUGCGACAGAAGCUACAAAAACAGGGUUUUUCUGUACUAUAUUAUUUUGUUACGGACUACUGAGUUUCGCAUCAUGGUGACUGUGUCAUGUAAAGCCCUUUCUAAAUAUAGAGAAAUGUUGCAAAAAAGUGUCAUCACAAGAUCUUGCAGUCUUGCCAGGAUAGUUCAGUGAAAAGGUACCAUUUAUACACAAACAGAAACAAAGACUUUCACGGACGUACAUCACUAAAUGUUGAUUCAGUAUGAGUAGUAUGUUUUUAUCUUUUUAAAUGUUACUGCUUUCCCAUUGCAUUCCAUUGUAAUGUGUCAACCACGUGUAAUUUUUUUUAAAGUCAACAAACUGUAAAGAAAACUGUUGGAAUACCUAAUUUUCUGUAAAAAAAAUAAUAACAACAAUAAUUUUUGUUACUUUAAGGUAUGCUUGGUAUUAAAGUACCUAAUAAAGUUCAACAAUGAAUUUUGUAGCAUACUAAAAUAAAGUGUGAUAGUGCUUUUCUCCAGCUUA